AUGGUGGCACGUCAGUUGAAGGGGAAGAUCUGCAUGAUGGCAGAGCACGGCAGCAACAACUUUGGAUCUGUUUAUGUGUUUGUGGUUCUGGGCGUGUGCCUUGCUUUUCUGAAUGAGCCUGAGAGGAUCAGGACAGCCCAAUUCUUGAGUCGGAAGGUGCUGGCAAGGUGGGAGAACUAUAAGUCUGUCAAGGCCGGCUACAAGUUGACCCAGAAGGUGCUGGCGCGCUCUUCCAUCGAGAAGCAGAGCAUCAAGCUUAUCAUGGCGGUCGUCAACCCCAACACGGUCUCACGGGCAAGGACGAACACAGGGACACACAGGGCCGACAUCCUGGAGAUGUUCCCGAGGACAAGGGAGACCUGGAGAUGGGUCGGGCAGAAACCGUGUCAGGAGUGCAUGCAUGUGAGGCGGCAGUCAGGUGUCAUGCAGCUCUCUGGCGCUGGGCACGGUGCCAGGGGAGAGCGAGCGCGGCUAUUAUUGGAGCGGAGGAGGCAGCCGAGCCGGCAGACACGAGGUGGAGGAGUCAUCCUGUACGCAGGCUCCUCCGGAAGUUCAAGCCCUAGCCCGGGCAGCCCCUCCAGCGGGUACCAGACACAGUCACCUUCCUCACAUUCACAGCCAUCAUCACCGGAGGAAGUCACCUUCACAGAAAUCGGGGCACUGAAAGAGAGGGCACCUGGAUCCACCACUCCCACCUCCAAACUGGUGUUCCAGUUCCCUGAGGUCUAUCGAGGCUCUCAAGCAGCCACUCAGCAGAAUACCUAUGCACAUCCGAUUGCAGGAAAAAGGCCAUGUGGCUUCCACGGCACUUUUACUAAGAAUGGUGGAAUGGUUCUACUCUGUAAGGUCUGUGGGGACAUUGCAUCUGGUUUCCACUACGGAGUCCAUGCAUGUGAAGGAUGCAAGGGUUUUUUCCGUCGCAGCAUCCAGCAGAAUAUAAACUACAAGAUGUGCGUAAAGAACGAGAACUGUUUGAUCAUGCGUAUGAACCGCAAUCGGUGCCAGCACUGUCGCUUCAAGAAGUGCCUGUCUGUUGGCAUGUCACGUGACGCUGUUCGUUUUGGCCGCAUCCCCAAACGAGAGAAGCAGCGACUUCUGGAUGAGAUGCAGAGUUAUAUGAACAGCCUAAAUGAGUCGGCUGCUUUAGAAAUGGACUCAUCCUCCGUGAAAGAUCUCCCCCCCAGUGAAGAAGACUGCAACUCAAAGGAGGCCAUUGGGGCCAUCUCCAGAGCUUACCAAGACAUCUUCAAUGGUAGUGACCAGGAGAGGACAGUCAAGAGGGCUAGAAUCACAACUAACAAUGUUUCCAAAGAUUGUAGUCUCCAGCUGAUUUCAGGACAGACCAACACUGCACAGAGUUACCAGUCUUGCCCAGUUUUCCAUGACAGCAACCAACAUACAUUCCACAACAUGGACAACAAUCAUUAUACAUAUACAGUAUCAACAAAUCAAAAUAAUCAGCCAAGUGACAACACUCCUCAAAGAGCCUCUGCCAAUUAUUCAUGCAAAACAGAGAAUGUCAUAAAUCAGCCUUCCUGCCCAUGGAAGUUGGCUCCAGGAGACAAAGUGUUGGCCUGUCCACUUAAUGCAUGCCCUGUAUCUGGGGCAGAGCGCACCAGUCAGGAGAUUUGGGAAUCCUUUUCUCAGUGCUUCACUCCUGCUGUCAAGGAGGUAGUAGAAUUCGCCAAGGGCAUUCCAGGAUUUCAAGAGCUUAGCCAGCAGGACCAAGUCAUGCUGCUUAAAUCGGGCACCUUCCAGGUUCUGAUGGUGAGGUUCUGCACCUUGUUCAAUGCUGCAGAGCAUACGGUGACAUUCUUGAAUGGCCAAACGUACUCCUUGUCUACUCUGCGUGCUUUGGGCAUGGGCUCUCUACUGGAUGCGAUGUUCGACUUCAGUGAAAAGUUGGCUUCCAUGGGGCUAGAGCCUGAUGAAAUGGCCCUCUUUAUGGCUGUGGUGUUGGUAUCAGCAGAUCGUUCUGGCAUCUCAGACACACUUGCUGUUGAACAGCUCCAAGAGGGUCUCAUCUGUGCUUUGAGGUCACUGAUUACUCGGCGGCGCCCAGAUGACACCUCGCUCUUCUCCAAACUGCUCCUGCGACUGCCAGACCUUCGCACCCUCAACAACCUGCACUCUGACAAACUUUUGGCCUUCCGCAUUGACCCUUGA